UUAAAGGUUUGUUAAGUCCCCUUGGCGUCGGGAUGAACAUGGGUACCUUGCGCGACCUCCAAUACGCGCUGCAGGAGAAGAUUGAGGAGCUGCGGCAACGGGACGCGCUCAUUGACGAGCUAGAACUGGAGCUUGACCAGAAAGACGAGCUAAUACAAAAACUACAGAACGAGCUGGAUAAAUACCGGUCCGUUAUCAAACCGGCAACCCAACAGGUCGUCAAACAAACCGAGCUGCACGAGCACCAGCGGACUAAGAGACAGGCGAUUUCUGCGGAACCCACCGCCAUCGACAUCCAGGAUCUUAGCCAUGUCAGGCUGCCUUUCUACCCCAAAAGUCCACAGUCCAAAGACCUGAUCAAGGAGGCCAUCUUGGACAAUGACUUCAUGAAGAACCUGGAGCUGUCUCAGAUCCAGGAGAUCGUGGACUGCAUGUACCCUGUGGAGUAUGGCAAAGACAGCUGCAUCAUCAAGGAGGGCGAUGUGGGCUCACUGGUCUACGUCAUGGAAGAUGAAAUCCUGCGACUAAACAAUCUUCUUGACCCUAACCAGUCAGGCUUCAAGACGGGUCACUCAACUGAGACUACGCUCCUCUGUGUCACGGAGGCUCUCUGCACUGCCAAAGCUGAUUCUCUGGUUUUAUUCUCCUAUCCACCCUCUCAGGGCUUUGUGUCUCAGGAUCUGCACACUCUUGGAUUGUCAUCUUACCUGGCAGACCGCUCCUACCAGGUGACCAUGGGAGGAUAUAUGUGGCGACACAUCACUGUGUGCCUGGCAGAUAUCUCAGUUUGGAUGUCGGCCCACCACCUCAAGCUCAACAUCGGCAAGAUGGAGCUGCACUUCAUCCCGGAAAGGCCUGCCUGCUCCAAGACCUCUCCAUCACGGUUGACAACUCCAUGGUGUCCCUUUCCCAGAGUGCAAAGAACCUUUGUGUGA